UCUUUUAGCGUCCUCCUGUGGCAUCUAGUGUCUGUGCAACACGAAUGACGUUUAUAAAACUUGUCACAAAGCCGGAAGAGAGUCCUGUUUAUAUCUGCCCUGCCAUAAAUGUCACACAUAAAGAAGAGAAGACGGUGACUUUAGACGCGACGGCUGCAGAAGCAGAGAGGAGCAGCUGUGAUAUGGGAUUUCAUAUCUUUUUCUUUGUACCCAAUGUAAUUGGUUAUAUUCGGAUUCUUCUCGUUCUCAUUGCCUGGAUUCUGUAUAGUGAUCCAAGGAGUUUUGUGCCCUUGUAUGUGUUAUCAAUUAUAUUGGAUGGCGUGGAUGGCUGGGCGGCCCGUCGGCUGCAGCAGACAUCCAGGUUCGGAGCGUGGCUGGAUGUGGUCAUUGACAAUUUAGGACGAGGCAUGAUCUGGAACAUGCUUUAUGAGUGGGGCUGGCUGGUGUCUUCAGUGGAGUGGUGUGUAUUUGUGUGCAACCACAAUGCCAGAGGUGCCCAGUGGAAGAACUCGUUCACGGAGAGCCCAGUUUGGGUGCGGGCAGUGAUGGCAAAAGGCUUCAAGACACCUUUGGGCAUUCUGACAAUAGCAGGCCUCCAUGUUUUACCUGUGUGGCUGUAUGGCUACCAGUACGAGGUGCUGUCGCAGACCCUCUUUGUCCCAAACUGGCUACAGAUUCUGGGGAUUCUGGUGCUGACAGCGGGACGCUUACUGAGCUUUGCAGUUGAGAUGUGGUGCAUCGUAACCCAUUUGAGAUUCUUAAUAGAUGAAGAGGAAGAAAAGAAGAACUAGGGAUCUCUAAAGGCUCAUUUAGGAUGUAGUAAGGGUUUCCGUUUGAAAUUCAUAUUUACUGAGGCUUCUGGUCUCUGUUAUAUCUCUGUUACUGAGCUUGUUGAAUGUCAUUUAUGGAAAAGAAAAAACAGUUUAGCAGGGAGUAAUGUUGCAGGGAUCUAUUUAUAUUUUCUUGAAAACCCUAAAAAAGCCUCCUUUCCUUAACACUGCAUUUAAGGACUCUGGCUAUAUAUAUGCUAGAGUCCUUAAAUGCAGUUUUUAUGAAAGGAGGAUUUUUGCACUGUAACUGUUACAUUAUUAUUCUUUUUUUUUUUUUUUUUAGAAAUUCUUGAUGCAAAAAUUGCACUUUAUGUAUUUAUUGUUUGGGACUUUUAUUGUUUCUGCAUUUCAAACAGUAAUGUAUGGCACUUGUAACAGUAAGGUCAUGAGUCUGAUUCUCAGGAAAUGUAUGAACAGAUCAAAUGUUCCUAGAAAUAAGCAUCUGGUAAAUGCAUAAAUGUAAAAAUAAUCAAUAGCUGUGCAAAUAAAAGGUAUUAAUUUGAAAUAUAA